AUGAGCUCGAUUCAGGAGCGAUUACAGUUAAAGAGAGUGCCCCUGGACACAUGGAAUAUUAGAGAACAGCUAUGUUUGGCUUCGGCAGUUGUCCGAAGCGGAGAUCAAAAUUGGAUGUCAGUCUCCAGGGCUCUGAAAACUAUUGGGGAACCAAAUAGACCACCCGAUUGGUAUUCUCAAAAGAGUUGUGCCGCACAGUAUGGCGCCUUAUUGGAACAUGUGGAAACUCCAAAACGUAAAAAGCGUAGUUCAGAAGGCGCGGUGGAAACGCCGCAAGAAAGUAUUUUAAAGAGAUUAACCCAAGAUCGCAUCAAUGAAAUUCAAAAAACAUUAGCUGAGAUGACUCAACAAUAUGAGCUGUUAAAGAAUGAAGUUGCAGAAGCUCGUAACCCUGCUACAUCUGAAGAACGUCUCAGAGAAGUAUGGUCUAACAUAGAAGCUCGUACUAGAGCGAGGGAAAGAGAGGCAGCUAGAAGGGCAGCCUGGUUGAAAGAGAGAGAUGAAAGAAGAGCACGUGCUGACCGAGCAUGGAGACCUGCACAAGCACAAACUCCAACCCCACAUUCACCUAUCACACCUACUGCCCCUGCUCCACCUGCAUCACCCUUAUUGACAUCACUUUUAAAAUCAUCCCCUGUUGUAACUACUCCUCAGCACAUUUCUCACCCGGCAAAUGUAGUUGAUGCAGUAUCACCUUCUGUAACAGCACCAACAUUAUCUAUGUUGUUGGAAAAAUCUGCUGUGUCUGGGACCACCCAACAUGAAAGCAAACAUGCUGCGAUAGAGCACAUUAAAAGUCAACUGGUUCAAAUAGAACAACAAUUAAAAGCUAACACUUCACCACCAGUGUUGCCUGCCCCUGUUACAGUACAACCCGCUCCUGUACAGCCAUUGGAUAUUGAUGAAAUUGAGAUUAAAGCAGAGGAUGUAUAUGUAUUCCGAGAUAUUGAUAUACAUAUACCACCAGUUACAGCAAUGCAUAAAACCAACAAUAGGACUGUUGAAAAAACUUUAAAGAAAGAAGAAGAGGGAGAUGCAUCAACUACAGAAGUUGCGGUAAGUGAACCAGAAAAUAUAGAAGAAGAAAUUGUAAAGGAAGAACCACAAGCAGUUGCAGUUGAUACUAUUGAGGAAGAACCCAUACCUGAUAAAGAUGAAAUUUUACAACAUGAUGAAGAGCCAAUUGCGCAGCCCAUACAACUACCUGCUGCCAUAACUAAAGAAUUUACUCCAGAAACUGAAGUAAGAAUAGCUUUCCCAGAAGUAAAAUUUCCAACUACAGAAAUUAAAAUUAUACAACCUGAAAACCCAAAGAUAAAAGAAGAAGUAAAGGAAGUGGAGCCACCACCAGAACAAAACAAAAUUGAAGAAGAAAUCAUAGCAGAAUCAACAGAAGUGAAAGAACAAAAUGACCAAACUGUGACAACUGAUGAAACACCAUCAGAAGUUAAGACUGAAUUAACAGAACCACCAGAGGAAGUAACAUACACACAAAAAGUUGAAGAAGUUGUUGAGAACAUAGAUGUACCUCCUCAAGAAGAAACAUCAUUGCCAGAACGUAAUGGUGAUGAAGAUCAAGAUAGACAAGAGAGGGUCAUUGUUGAGCCCCCUAUUUCAGCAGAGGAAGAAGUGGCAUCAUUCCCGGAAACAGCACAUACUGAUAGCAUAGAACAAAAGUUAGAAAUGAUGGAAAAGGGGGAAGUUGUAGAUAUAAGUGAACAAAAGAUUGUUGAAGAUAUCAGAAAGGAGGAGGAAUCUGAGGAUUCAAUACCACUGAAAGAGAUGAUGAGAGUAGAAUCACAAUCACUUCCGAUAACACCAAACUUAGAAGUUAAAGAAGAUAGAGAAAAGACAGAUGUAGAUGAUACUCACACAGAGACAGAUGAUGACACACCUAUGGAGUUAAGUCGAGAAGAAGAUAAGGAAGGGAAAAAGAAAAGAGACUAUUCUCGCAAAAAGAAACCUGACUCUAGGACAUGUUCAGGAUCAGAGAGUGCAGCUGAAGCUAGUGCACCUGAAUCACCAAGUGCAAAUGAUGCAGAAAGGCAACAUCGCUUGUGGAAGAAGUCUGUUAUGCUUGUGUACAGCAGGUUAUGUGCACACAAAUAUGCAUCAUUGUUUCUUCGCCCCAUUAGUGAUGAAGAAGCUCCUGGUUAUAGUAUGGUAGUCAAGCGACCAAUGGAUUUAACAACUAUAAGGAAAAAUAUUGACUCUGGUGUCAUACGAACCACAGCUCAAUUCCAAAGAGAUGUCUUAUUAAUGUUAUCAAAUGCUCUAAUGUAUAAUAGUAGCGAGCAUAGUGUAUAUACCAUGGCUAAAGAGAUGCAUGAAGAAGCCUUAGGUCAGUUAGGCAUGUUGCUGGCGGCACAGGCACAUGCUGGCCUUGUUGAAGCAACUCCAUCAAGGCGCAAACGUCGUCGUGAACACCCUCCAAGGCCAAGCACACAUAAAAGACAUCACUGA